AUGAUCAGUAGGGCUGACUUAGACGCCAUGUUUCGCAAACCAGCCCCGAUUGCGCAUCCUCAACACCAAGCUGCGCAGCAGUACAAUGCCGUAAAUAUGCAAGCUCAGCAACGUGCUGAGGCCGAACGACGCGAAAAGAUGCGCCGAAUCGCGAAGAACCCUACCGACAAAAACAUGCCUGAGGGCGUGGAGGAUGUCUGCAUUGGCGAUGGUGUAGCGCGCUACCGUGAGCUGCGCGAAAUUGAGCGUACGCUUGACGCGACCAUGAUGCGCAAGAAGCUGGAUGUUAUGGACUCCAAGCACCAUUCAAGAGCUUCGCGCUAUGGUACUAUGCGCAUCUGGAUCUCUAACACGGCCGAGAACCAGCCAUGGCAGAGCAACGUCAUUGACGCAGAUGCAUUCGAUUUUGAGAGCGACACCAAUGCCACCUACCGCGUCAAGAUUCAGGGUCGCCUGCUGGACGAAGAGGGCGACGAGGGUCUUGAGGAUGAGGACGAAGACGAGGAGGGCAAGGACGCUGAUGCUAUGGAUGAGGACGGUGCAGAGUCGAAAAUAUCUAUCUCGAAACCGAAGAUGUUCUCCCAAUACUUCAGCGCAAUCACAAUCGACUUCGAACGCAACAAAGACCUCCAGCCCGACAACUUCACACAAAUCGAGUGGAAGCGACCAGAGAACCCCACAGCGAAGGAGAGCAACUUCAGCGAGCUCGAAUUCGAGCGCAAGGGCGACGAGAGCAUCAACAUUACGAUCAACCUGCAACGAUUCCAGAACCCCGAGAUUUUCCGACUCAGCAAGCCUCUGUCUGAGCUGCUGGACACCGACGAGGAGGACCGCGCAGGUGUAUUGAUGGGUAUCUGGGAGUACGCACGGUCACAGCACCUGCAACAAGAUGAUGAUGAGCGCAAAUUCGCCUGCGAUGCAAAACUCAAAGCCUUGUUCAACGGCCAGGACUCCUUCUACUUUCCGAACCUCCCACAGCUCAUCAAGCCGCAUCUCACCACACUUCCGUCCAUCCAAUUACAAUACACGAUUCGCGUCGACAAGGACUACCUUGCGCCUGCAGAUGGCGGCAAGGCAUCAGAACCUACCGUAUACGAUGUACAAGUGGCACUCGAGGACCCAAUGCAGCCCUUGUUCCAGGACAUCCUGCGACGACCGGACAGCAUCCAGACCCUGCAAGAAAUCCAGAAGCUAGACGAGCAAUUAGUCUUGCUCAUGGGUGCCAUCGGCCAGUCGAAGGCCAAGCACGCGUUUUUCACCAGCAUGGCCAAGGACCCUGUGGCGUUCUUCAAGCGCUGGCUUUCAUCGCAGAAGCGCGACCUGGAAGUCCUGCUUGGCGAAGCCACAAGAGGCGGCGGCGAAGAUGUAUCUGGCGAGGAAUGGAGGCGUGGAGGAGCCGAUGGUGUCUGGGGUAGUGAGGUUGCAAAAGAGAGUGUUGCGCUGUGGUUGGCGAGGGCGCAGAACGUGAAGACGCACUAG